GGUUGUGGUCGGACUCCGCUCGCUGUUGUUGUAGUCUCCACACAGCGCGGUGUGUUUGGGGGAGACUCUGAAACGGAGACUCAGUCUGAGAUUAAAGAGCUAAAUGAAUGAUAGCCUGUUUCAAGACUUCUCCUACACUUUCCUACUCAGUUUAAACGUGCUUCCAUAAACACUACAGGACAUUCCACCAAGAGGAAAGUUAAGCUGCUGAAACAGGCGAGGUAAAAGAAUAUGGCAUCAAGAAAACAUACUCAGCAAAUGUCAUCUGGUACCCUCCACAUAAAGACAUCUCACAGACAAACACAGAAACGCAGCAAGGAGAGAAAUCACUACGGUUUGGAGUGUGCAAAGAGUUUUAGUGUACCGAGUGCUCUUAAAAUACACCAGCGCAUUCACACAGGAGAGAAGCCGUAUCACUGCUCAGAGUGUGGGAAGAGUUUUACUGUACAGAGUCAAUUCAAAGCACACCAGCGGAUUCACACAGGAGAGAAGCCGUAUCACUGCUCAGAAUGUGGGAAGAGUUUUUGUCAACACAGUAAUCUCCUAAAGCACCAGCGCAUCCACACAGGAGAGAAACCGUAUCACUGCUCAGAGUGUGGGAAGAGUUUUACUCAACUGGGUACUCUCAAAAUACACCAGCGCAUUCACACAGGAGAGAAGCCAUAUUACUGCUCAGAGUGUGGGAAGAGUUUUACUGUACUGAGUCAUCUCAAAAUACACCAGUGCAUUCACACAGGAGAGAAACCAUAUCAUUGCUCAGAGUGUGAGAAGAGUUUUGCUGUAGAGAAUCAUCUCAAAAUACACCAGCACAUUCACACAGGAGAGAAACCGUAUCACUGCUCAGAGUGUGGGAAGAGUUUUUCUCAACAGUGUAAUCUCAAAAUACACCAGCACAUACACACAGGACAGAAACCGUAUCACUGCUCAGAGUGUGGGAAGAGUUUUAAUCGACAGGGUCAUCUACAAAAACACCAGCGCAUUCACACAGGGGAGAAACCGUAUCACUGCUCAGACUGUGGGAAGAGUUUUACUCAAAAGAAUAAUCUCCAAAAGCACCAGCACAUUCACACAGGAGUAAAACCAUAUUACUGCUCCGAGUGUGGGAAGAGUUUUACUGAACAGCGUAGUCUCAAAGACCACCAGCGCAUUCACACAGGAGAGAAACCGUAUCAGUGCUCAGAGUGUGGGAAGAGUUUUACUAUACAGCGUAAUCUCCAAACACACCAGCGCAUUCACACAGGAGAGAAACCAUAUCACUGCUCAGAGUGUGGGAAGAGUUUUACUCAAAAUAAUAAUCUCCAAAAGCACCAGCGCAUUCACACAGGACUCAUUUACACAGGAGAAAAGCCGUAUCACUGCUCAGAGUGUGGGAAGAGUUUUAAUCAACAGGGUAAUCUCAAAACACACCAGCGCAUUCACACAGGAGAGAAGCUUUAUCACUGCACAGAGUGUGGGAAGAGUUUUACUGUACAGAGUAAUCUAAAAAUACACCAGCGCAUUCACACAGGAGAGAAACCGUAUCACUGCUCAGAGUGUGGACAGAGAUUCGCGCAACUGAGUCAUCUCAAAACACACCAGCGCAUUCACACAGGAGUAAAACCAUAUCACUGCUCAGAGUGUGGGACAAAUUUUACUCAAAAGAGUAUUCUCAAAACACACCAGCGCAUUCACACAGGAGAGAAACUGUAUCACUGCUUAGACUGUGGGAAGAGUUUUACUGUACAAAGUAAUUUCAAAACACACCAGCGCAUUCACACAGGAGAGAAACCGUAUCACUGCACAGAGUGUUGGAAGAGUUUUAGUCAACAGAGCUCUCUCCAAAGACACCAGCGCAUUCACACAGAAGAGAAACUGUAUUACUGCUCAGAGUGUGGGAAGAGUUUUAGUCAACAGAGCUCUCUCCAAAGACACCAGCGCAUUCACACAGGAGAGAAACCAUAUCACUGCUCAGAGUGUGGGAAGAGUUUUAGUCAACACAGUAUUCUCAAAACACACCAGCGCAUUCACACAGGAGAGAAACCGUAUCACUGCUCAGAGUGUGGGAAGACCUUUACUAAGGGAAGUCAUCUCAAAGCACACCAGCGGAUUCACACAGGAGAGAAACCGUAUCACUGCUCAGACUGUGGGAAAAGCUUUACUAUACAGAAUCAUCUCAAAGACCAUCAGCGCAUUCACACAGGAGAGAAACCGUAUCACUGCUCAGAGUGUGGGAAGUGUUUUACUGUACUGAGUCAUCUCAAAGACCACCAGCGUAUUCACACAGGAGAGAAGCCGUAUCACUGCUCAGAAUGUGGGAAGAGUUUUACUAAACAGAGUCAUCUCAAAACACACCAGCACGUUCAUACAGGAGAGAAACCAUAUCACUGCUCAGAGUGUGGGAAGGGUUUUACUAAACAGAGUCUUCUCAAAACACACCAGCACAUUCAUACAGGAGAGAAGCCAUAUCACUGCUCAGAGUGUGAGAAGAGUUUUACUGAACUGGGUACUCUCAAAAUACACCAGCGCAUUCACACAGGAGAGAAGCCAUAUUACUGCUCAGAGUGUGGGAAGAGUUUUACUGUAUUGAGUCAUUUCAAAACACACCAGCGCAUUCACACAGGAGAGAAACCAUAUCACUGCUCAGAGUGUGAGAAGAGUUUUGCUGUACAAAGUCAUCUCAAAGACCACCAGCGGAUUCACACAGGAGAGAAGCCGUAUCACUGUACAGAGUGUGGACAGAGUUUUACUAAACAGACUCAUCUCAAAAGACACAAGCGCAUUCAUACAGGAGAGAAACACUAUCACUGCUCAGAGUGUGGAAAGAGUUUUACUCAAAAGAGUAAUCUCCUGAAGCACCAGCGCAUUCACACAGGAGAGAAACCGUAUCACUGCUCAGAGUGUGGGAAGAGUUUUUCUGAACAGUGUAAUCUCAAAAUGCACCAGCACAUUCACACAGGAGAGAAACCGUAUCACUGCUCAGAUUGUGAGAAGAGUUUUACUAAACAGAGUCAUCUCAAAAGACACCAGCGCAUUCAUACAGGGGAGAAACCGUAUCACUGCUCAGAGUGUGGACAGAAUUUUAGACAACAGAGUAAUCUUCGACUACACCAGCGCAUUCACACAGGAGAGAAACCGUAUCACUGCUCAGAGUGUGGGAAGAGUUUUACUCAAAAGAAUAAUCUCCAAAAGCACCAGCGCAUUCACACAGGAGUAAAACCAUAUUACUGCUCUGACUGUGGGAAGAGUUUUACUGAACAGCGUAGUCUCAAAAUACACCAGCGCAUUCACACAGGAGAGAAACCAUAUCACUGCUCAGAGUGUGGGAAGAGUUUUACUGUACAGAGUCAUCUCAAAACACACCAGCGCAUUCACACAGGAGAGAAGCCAUAUCACUGCACAGAGUGUGGGAAGAGUUUUAAUAGACAGAGUCAUCUACAAGAACACCAACGCAUUCACACAGGAGAGAAACCGUAUUACUGCUCAGAGUGUGGGAAAAAUUUCAGGCAUUCAAAGACUGCAAAGACACACAAGUGCACUAAAAGCUGUGGAGAAUAUCAGCAGUAGUGAGUGUAACCUUACACAUCCCAGAUUUCUGUCUAUUUUUGGGGAAAACCACCUCUUUAUUUUUACACUAUUUGUAAAACAUAAGCAUUAAAUGAAAUGUUAUGUCCUAUGCUGAACAUCAAGUCAAGCCUAAAGCUCAUACACCCAGUGAGAAGGUGUGGUACUGCAUGUUCUCUCCAAAAUGUUCACAUUGGUCAUGCUGUGGAAAACAAACCGAGAAGCUCCACAUUCAAUAAUAAGAGGCUCUUAACUUUCUAAUUCAGUAGAUCUGAGCUAGUAUAGAGUUUCUGAUGCAGUGACGGAUGUUUUGACAAACAUUUGACAGUGUGUUUGGCUCUUUAUCCUUCUAUAUCUCUCUCUCUCUCUCUCUCUCUCUCUCUCUCUCUCUCUCUCUAUACCUCCCUCUCCCUCUCUCAGCCUGCUAUUUCUUUCUUUAAACUUUUUAGUUAAACCUUUGCAUUUGAGGUAAUGUGUGUUGGGGGACAUAUUUACCUGUUCAGAUUAUCUUUCUCCAUUUUUCUCUAUGAUUCUAUACAUAAUGUUUUUGUUUUUAUGUUCUUUUAAACUUGAAAAAAAAUCCUAUUAAAUUUCAUGAUCUAUUAAUCUUUUGAAAUUCAUGGUUUAAAUAAAGAAGUGGCACAUUGUACUGUCA